CUCCGUCGCGCUGACCCGCGGUGCGGGCGGGUGCGGCGGCGGCGGGGCGCCCUGGAGGAGGAGGUGGCGGCGGCGGGGCCGGAGGAAGAUGAGGACGAAGAGGAGGCGCUGCCGCACUCCGAGGCGGUGGACGUGUUCCAGGAGGGUCUUGCCAUGGUGGUGCAGGACCCGCUGCUCUGCGACCUCCCGAUCCAGGUUACUCUGGAAGAGGUCAGUUCCCAGAUAGCACUGGAGUACGGCCAAGCAAUGACAGUCCGAGUGUGCAAGAUGGACGGAGAAGUCAUGCCCGUGGUUGUCGUACAGAACGCCACGGUGCUGGAUCUGAAGAAGGCCAUCCAGAGAUACGUGCAGCUCAGGCAGGAGCGUGAAGGAGGCAUUCAGCACAUCAGCUGGUCCUACGUGUGGAGGACGUACCAUCUGAUCUCUGCAGGAGAGAAGCUCACAGAGGACAGGAAGAAGCUCCGAGAUUAUGGUAUCCGGAAUCGGGAUGAGGUGUCCUUCAUCAAAAAGCUGAGGCAAAAGUGAACCUCCAGACAAGGACGACUCUGUGUGCUGGUGGCUGAGCUCUUCCCCAGCAGGAAGAAGUCUGGAGCCACUGUCCCUUUCUCACAGAAGAGUGUCGAAGUGGCCUCACCCCAGCUGCCCAACUGGAACUGUCAGCAUGAACCCUGGGCUCUCGGGACUAGGACCGGGUGAGCCAGUGCUCAUGGCCUGAGCUUGACCUCCCUGGGCCGAAACACCCUGACCACGUGGCCAAUCCCACAGGGCUGUGGGCCUGGCCCUGUGUACAGAAUAAAUCUGUUUGUUUCUUA